CAACCUUUCAUAUGCGAUUCAUGUCCAGUAGGUGUACGUACCUGUAUCAUUCAGCUGAAAUUCUGAGAUUUCUGGACGGGUCUUCGAAGAGGUCAUAUAUGUGAAUUGGUUUGAGGAUCUGAAGUAACACGCAUAGAAUACAAGAUGUGCAAGCUAUUAUGCUGCUGUUAUGGAGGUAAAAAAGAACCUCAUGCUCAGCCUGUCAACCAAUCUACAAACCCAUCAAGUGGACAAACGCGUGGAAAUAAUGAAGGAGCAAACAGGGGUACCAGUGCUGCAAGUUCAGCAACCCCACAGAAAGUCUUACCCAUUGAAGCACCUGCAUUUUCAUUAAGCGAGCUGAAGAAAUUGACUAAUAACUUUGGAUCAAAAUACUUCAUAGGAGAGGGUUCAUAUGCACGGGUUUACCGUGCAAGUAUGCAUAACGGACAAACUGUGGCCUUAAAGCAACUAGACACGACUGACCAAGAAGAGCUUGAUUCUGAAUUUAUUGCACAGUUGUCCAGGGUUUCAAGACUGAAACAUGAACAUAUAGUCGAGUUGGUGGGAUACUGUUUAGAUGGGAAUACUCGGAUUUUGGCAUACGAAUUUGCGACACUUGGUUCAUUACAUGAUGUUUUACAUGGGAAGAAAGGUGUUCAGGAUGCUCAACCUGGUCGUGUUCUUGACUGGAAUCAAAGGGUGAGGAUUGCUGUUGGUGCAGCAAAAGGACUGGAGUAUCUCCAUGAGAAAGCUCAGCCUUCGAUCGUUCAUCGUGAUAUAAGAUCAAGCAACAUUAUGCUCUUUGAUGACUUCACAGCCAAAUUAGCUGAUUUCAACCUCUCCAACCAGUCUCCUGACAUGGCAUCUCGGCUUCAUUCUACUCGUGUAUUGGGAACCUUUGGAUAUCAUGCUCCUGAGUAUGCAAUGACCGGGCAGCUAACGCAAAAAAGCGACGUAUACAGCUUUGGAGUGGUUCUUCUCGAGCUUUUGACAGGAAGAAAGCCAGUUGACCACACAAUGCCUAGAGGACAACAAAGCCUGGUCACUUGGGCCACUCCUAGACUGAGUGAGGAUAAGGUUAAGCAAUGUGUAGAUCCAACCUUAAGGGAUGACUACCGACCUAAAGCUGUGGCCAAGAUGGCUGCAGUUGCAGCACUCUGCAUUCAAUACGAAUCGGAUUUUCGGCCUAAUAUGACUAUUGUCGUCAAGGCUUUGCAGCCACUGCUAAACCCAACACGGACAGGAGCAGUGGAGCCAAGUAUCUGAAGUAAGCGUAACCAUGUUUGUGAGGUGGAGAACUUUGAAUUCAAAGCGAACAAUUGGCCUUGGGCCCAUAGCUAUUGUUGGAAAGACAACUAGCUGCUGUGAAAGCAAAGGACAACUGAAAGUAACCCAUGCUGGCGUCGUAAAACCAUUUAUGUAUAUUUCCCUCCUUUUCAUUUUUUUUUUCUUUUACUUCAUUAUAUCAAGAACCUGCAACCUGUUCAUGUACUUCAACUGAUUGUGAAAGCUCCCCUCUCUCUAUCCAUGUUUUUCGGUUUGAUGAGGGAAAACCAUCAUAUAGAAAUUAUUAAAUUAUUGAAUUUAGUGGAUAUACAACU